AUGAAUUUGCUGAAAGUUAUUUUUCUAUGCAUAGCGUUGUUUAUCUGUGUACAUUCCGCGAACACUUUUCCAGAUGUUCCGGAUGAGUACGUAACUGAGGAAUGCAGAGAAAAAGCUACUACAUUUCAAAUAUCAAAAGGAAUGAGCCUUCCACUGAGUUACAACAGUGCACAAUUUUGCAUGUAUCAAAAUUUACAGGUCUUGGAAAAAAUGAAAUCGUUACAUUUAGCUUUGACAACACCCCACUUUGGAAGGUCCAUUUGCCGGAUUGAAGUCCAGCGGUUCGAUAAAAAAGCUAAGAAGGUUGACAUGAAAAUAUAUGAUACCGAUCUCCGCGGUAACUGUACUCCGAGGGCUUCCAUGGUUACUGUAAAUGCUAUUGAAGAUGCGAGAACCAAGGAAAUUUCAACAUUAGAUAUUCCACGAUUAAUAGGACCGGAGAAACCAUAUGUACUAAAGGAAGAUGCCCGACUUCUUUUUACGGAUUACGAGGAAUGUUUAAUUUUAAUUUCUCCGUUCAAUGCCGGAAAAUGUAAAUAUUGCGAACUUUUUGUUGCAAGCAACGAUGCUAUUAAUAUGCCUCAUACGCAAUGUCACUCAAUUUACCGGAUAUACUGCGGGUAUGGACGGCCCACACGAGACGUAUGGCCGAACCCCGCCGGAUCCUCAAGCAGUCGUCGAUUCGCCGUGGAAAGUAGCAGACUUGGGUUGCUUGUAAGCACACCUCCUUUAAAAGAGGACACUAUCUUCAUGAACGAAUUUCAAAUGAUACCGGAGGUUCUCUACCACAUUCCAGAGGCAAACAUGUACGCCUCAACCUACGAAAAAACAGAACCAAGACUAUGUGGAAUACAAACUCAGACGGUAUUGCGUAAUCAGGCAGAUUUGGAGCUCAAAAUGAUCACUUCUGGCAGGAAUCAAAGUAUAGAAACAGAAAACUAUAUGCGCUUUCAUUCGGACAUAAAUGCAAUUUCUCCAACCCAAAUCUCUCUUCAGGAUCGAUACGGUUUGCGGCGUGUGUUGGUGUCCAAUUUCAAGGACUGCUACGUAUUCAAGAAAGUUAACAGCACCAAAAACGGGACUCCUUCUUGCGAGUUCUUUCUUAAGAACAAUACAAUCCCAACCACUGACCUGCAGGAAUGCUGGUUUGUAUUCCUCGCGUACUGUGGAUACCCGAAGGCUUUUUACAAGGAUACAAGCUGCUACUCUUGA